AUGGGUGACCAACCUGGACCUCGAGAGAGAACACUUAGGGAGAUGGCUGCACCUGAUUUCACAUAUGAGAGUCUAUGCAUUCAAUAUCCUAAGGAAGAUAUUCCUUUUGUGCUUAAAACUGGACUGAUCCAUUUGUUGCCUAAGUUUCAUGGUCGUGCAGGUGAGGAUCCACACAAGCAUCUCAAGGAGUUCCACAUAGUUUGUUCCACCAUGAGGCCACAUAAUGUCCCUGAAGAUCACAUCUACCUGAAAGCAUUCCCUUUUUCAUUGGAGGAUCUUGCCGAGGACUGGUUGUACUAUCUGACUCCUGGUUCAAUAACAAGCUGGGAUGACUUAAAGAGAGUGUUCCUCGAAAAAAUUUUCCCUGCAUCCAGGACCACUUCAAUCCGGAAGGACAUAUCUGGGAUUAGGCAACUCACGGGGGAGAGCUUAUACGAGUACUGGGAGAGAUUCAAGAGGCUGUGUGCUAGCUGCCCUCACCAUCAAAUUUCUGAGCAGCUAUUAUUGCAGUACUUCUAUGAGGGGUUGAACAUAAUGGAUAGAAGCAUGAUUGAUGCAGCUAGUGGAGGAGCUUUAGGAGAUAUGACACCUGCUUCUGCUAGAGGGCUGAUUGAAAAAAUGGCGUCCAACUCACAACAAUUCAAUAUGAGGAGUGAUGCCAUAGUUGUGAGGGGUGUGCAUGAUGUGGUAGCCUCAGAUUCCACUGAACACAAAAAGCUGGAGAGUAAGAUUGAUGCUCUCACCACCUUGGUUUCACAACUGGCUGCAAAUCAAAAAUCAGCUCCACCACCAGCAAAAGUAUGUGGCAUCUGCACUUCAAUUAAUCAUCCAACAGAUGCUUGUCCCUCCUUGCAAGACUCUUCUACAGGUCCUGAUGCCCCACAAGCAUAUGCUGCCAACAUUUACAACAACAGACCUCCACACCAGCAACAACAUAAUUAUGAUCUGUCUUCCAAUAAAUACAAUCCUGGUUGGAGGAAUCAUCCUAACUUGAGGUGGGGAAACCCUCAACAGCAGCAAAAUCCACCACCUUUCCAGAAUAAUCCCUCAAGUUCUACAUAUCAGCCUCCUCAACAGAGACCUCCUCCUGCACCUGCAGCCCAACCAGCUCCUCAACCUUCUACUUCUGAACCUUCAUUGGAGGAGUUAGUGAGGCAGAUGACUCUUCAAAACAUGCAGUUCCAACAAGAGACCAGGGCUUCCAUACAGAGUUUGACAAAUCAGAUGGGUCAGAUGGCAACUCAGCUCAAUCAGGCACAGUCCCAAAAUUCAGACAAGCUACCUUCACAGACUGUGCAGAAUCCGAAAAAUGUGAGUGCCAUCACCUUGAGGUCUGGCAAACAAAUUGACAUACCAGCACCACCUACAGCUGUUGUACCCCCACCUGAGCCUACAGUUGAGAAAGAGGGCCAUACAAGUAGUAGCAAAAAUUUUCAUGCAGGUGGACCUUCUUCCAGUGCACACAGUGAUGAUCUACAUCAGCCUCCUAUCCCUCUUCCAUUUCCACCAAAAUCAAUUUCAAGCAAAAAGAUGGAAGAGGUGGAUAAGGAUAUCUUGGAGACUUUCAGGAAGGUGGAGGUGAACAUACCUUUGCUGGAUGCCAUCAAGCAAAUUCCCAAAUAUGCUAAAUUUCUGAAAGACUUGUGCACCCACAAGAGGAAGCUGAAGGGCAAUGAGCGAAUCAGCAUGGGCAGAAAUGUUUCAGCACUCAUAGGUAAAUCUGUUCCACAUAUUCCUGAAAAGUGUAAGGACCCAGGUACAUUUUGUGUACCUUGCAUUAUUGGUAACAAUAAAUUUGAAAAUGCCAUGCUUGAUUUAGGAGCUUCAAUUAAUGUCAUGCCUCUGUCUAUUUUUAAUUCUCUGUCUCUUGGUACUUUGCAACCUAUGGGUAUGGUCAUUCAGUUGGCCAAUAGGAGUGUUGCCCACCCUACAGGUUUUGUAGAGGAUGUCUUGGUUCGGGUUGGAGAACUUAUUUUUCCUACUGAUUUUUAUGUUCUUGAUAUGGAGGAUGGAUUCUACCAAGGUUUUGUCCCAAUCAUUCUAGGCAGACCAUUUUUGAAAAUAGCCCGGACCAAGAUUGAUGUUUAUGCUGGCACCUUGUCUAUGGAAUUUGGUGAUAUUGUUGUUCAUUUUAAUAUUUUGGAUGCCAUGAAAUUUCCUUUUGAAGCUCAUUCUUUUUUUCGUGCUGAAUUGAUUGGUGAUAUAGUUGAUGAGCACAUUUAUGAUUUUGAUUCUUCUCAUGCUAAGAAGCAUUCAUUUUCACUUGAUUUGUAUAGCUGUCUUUCAUGCAUUGAGUCUGAGUCUGAGUCUGAGUCUGGAUCUGAAUGUGAAACUGAUUAUGAGGCAUCUGAAUUUGACACUUUGGGUGUUGUUGAUGUACAGGUUGUGGAACCCCUUCUCCUUUCUUUGGUUCCUUCUAAUGUUCAGCCAGCACCUACACCAGAGUUGAAGCCUCUUCCACAAGAUCCUCCAAUGAAAAAGGGAAUGCUUUCAG